CUUUCUUAGUACUGUUUACCUUUCAAGUCCCACUUCCAGCUAAGAUACAGUCAAUAGUCCUAAAAGGAAGUUAUCUAGAAUCUAGCCAGCACCUCAACUUCCUAUUCUCCAAUGGCUUAAUUCUCAUAAGAAUCCAAAUUAUCUUCAAAAUCAGAAUCUCAUCUUCUCCAAUUCUCCCUUUCAAUUUCCACAACUCACAAGAGCAUGAAGAAAAUUGCAAUGGAGUUCGUGUUUCUCUGGCUUUCUCUCUUCUUUUUCCUCUCUCCUCCUAUCUCAUCUGCCACAAUCAGACACAGAUUCCCGUCUUCAAUCAUCAGACCGGAGCAGCUUUCUGUCUACGAAGAAAAUCAGCUUUACAGAACUGAGUACUUCACUCAGAUUCUCGAUCACUUCGAUUUCCAUCCCCAGAGCUACCAGGUUUUUCAACAGAGGUAUCUAGUUAAUGACACUUACUGGGGAGGCGCCGAGAAGAAUUCUCCAAUCUUCGUUUACACGGGGAACGAAGGAGAUAUCGAAUGGUUUGCGCAGAAUACAGGAUUUAUGUUCGAGAUUGCUCCACGUUUCAAAGCGCUUCUCGUUUUUAUCGAGCACAGGUUUUACGGGAAAUCAAUUCCUUUCGGCGGCGACGAAGAUGUCGCUAACAGCAAUUCAAGCACUCUCGGAUACUUGAGUUCGACUCAGGCUUUGGCUGACUACGCAACUCUGAUAAUUGAUCUGAAGAAGAAUUUGACUGCAACUGAUUCCCCUGUAUUCGUCUUCGGCGGCUCCUAUGGCGGAAUGUUAGCAGCUUGGUUUCGGUUGAAAUACCCGCAUGUCGCCAUGGGAGCUCUGGCUUCAUCUGCUCCGAUUCUGAAUUUUGAGAACUUAACGUCUCCGUAUAGCUUCAACGACAUUAUCACUCAAGAUUUCAGGAGCGAAUCUGAAAACUGUUACAAAGUGAUAAAAGAGUCGUGGCAAAAGAUUGAUGACACUGCAAAACAAAGAGGAGGGCUCGAGUCGCUCAGGAAAUCAUUUAGAAUUUGCAAGAAUUAUAUUAGUGGCGAUGCUCUGGAGAAUUGGUUAGAGACUGCAUAUAUAUACUCAGCGAUGACAGAUUAUCCAACUCCAUCAAAUUUUCUAAAUCCCCUGCCGGCUUAUCCAAUUAAACAGAUGUGUAAGGCCAUUGACGAUCCGAAAAAUGGGGACGACAUGUUUGCAAAAUUAUACGCUGCAGUUAAUAUCUACUAUAACUACAGUGGAACUGCCACGUGUUUCGAUCUUAAUGAUGACUCUGAUCCUCACGGCCUCGGAGGGUGGACAUGGCAGGCAUGCACAGAGAUGAUAAUGCCAACAGACGGGAACAACAAGCAGAGCAUAUUUCCUCCUUCAGAAUGGAGUUAUACUGAUAGAGCCUCUUUCUGCAAUGAUUACUUUGACGUCGAGCCUAGACCCAAUUGGAUCUCAACCGAGUUUGGUGGAUAUGAUAUUAAGAGAGUGUUGAAAAGGUUUGGGAGCAACAUUAUCUUCUUUAAUGGCUUAAGAGAUCCUUGGAGUGGUGGAGGGGUGCUGAAGAGUAUAUCAAGGAGCAUGAUCGCAAUCGUUGCUGAAAAAGGAGCUCACCAUGUAGACUUGAGAUUCUCAAGUAGCGAAGACCCAGAAUGGCUUCGAAAUGUGAGAAAAAGAGAAGUGAAGACAAUUGGAAAAUGGCUGUCUCGGUUUUCGAUGUCGACAGAAUGGAAGAAAAGAUGUAGAGUAUCUCAAAUGGCGCUGGAAACCGUACGGUUGUGAUCUUCCCAGAUUUAAUGCAAGAGAUUUCCUAGAGAGGAGCCGGAACGGGAGAAUAGUGUUUGCGGGAGAUUCUAUUGGAAGAAACCAGUGGGAAUCCUUGCUAUGCAUGCUUGCACAAGCGGUUGCCAACCAGUCGGCCAUAUAUGAA